GGCAGGUUGCGUAUCGACCAAUCAGGAAGGACGACCCGACACACAUGCCGCUGUUAGCUCGGCGACACCGCCAAGCUGACCUUCUCCGCAAUCGCGACCACGUCGUUACAGCGACACCGACAUCUCACACCACUACCACGCCCAAGCCAUACAUAUGUCCACUGCCUGCUAGACGAUCGUCUGGCCGAACGACAGUACCCUCUCCUCUCCGCAGCCAGCCUAGAGUCGUGUUUACUUGUUGUAUCGGUUCGCGCAGGCUACCCCCUCCCGACCACAGCCACAGCCACACCCAGCAGCCACGGCGCGCUGAACCAUACCGUAUCUCCAACUUCCGGGAUCAUACGCGAUAUAUUCUCAAAUAAUCACUCAGCCCAAACGAGUCCACAUUAAGCGCAAUGAAGUACCUCGAUUUGUGCGCCCUCCACGAGGUGAACCUCGCCCUCAACUUCGAUACGCAGGAUACAGCGAUCAUCGGCGGAUGCGAUCUAUGGACCAUCAAAGCAGCGGGAAGCGACAAGAAGUUGUAUAAGCGCAUCGAGAGGACGCUCGAGGAGCGACACAAGGAUCUGCUAUCCGCAGUCGCGGGGCUCUCCGAGCAGUCUGCAGCUCAGUUCGCAGACCAACUUGACAUCUCCCGAGACACGCCUUUUGGAUCCUUCAGCGAAGCAGCAAACCGUCACACCUUCGCAUACCUCAUCGCGACGCUCAAUGCCACACACAUCGAUUACGACUUCGCGAAUACCCUGAAUCCUGACGAAUUCCGUCGCGAGACCAUCCACAGCUUCAUGCACAAGAUCGACACUACAAUGUACUAUCUCCGCCCACAAGUGUACUCUGCUGGAUUACCAGCAGGCGCAGUCACACCGCUUGGCUCACCGAUAUGGAGUCCGCGAAGUUGGCACCUGGUCGAUAGCGAGAUGGACAUGUCGAGCUGCGAAUACUACGCAUGGGAGCCAUCAGAUGACCCAUUCGCCGAUGACGGCGCGAUUUGGAGUCACCACUUCUUCCUGUACAACAAGGAGCGUAAGCGAGUUGCAUACUUCUACCUCCGCGGGAUAUCGGCUUUGUCGAACUCUCCCAGUGUCGCCAUGUCGCUCAUGUCGAAAUUCAAAGCAUCAAAAUACGAGUCCAGUGCGAAUGCGGGCAGUAGGAAGCGCGCGGAAUACUGGCUUGGUGAUCGUGCUAGGAAGGGACUUGAAGCAUACGGAGACAGUGAUGAGCUCGACAACAUGGUCAUUGAUCACCCCGGCGAUGUCGUCGAUGCAGAACAACAGCGCUACCUGCCAGCCAGAGACAUGAGCAUGGACGCCGAUUACUACGAGAGCGAUGACGACAGCGACGUUGAGUCACUCGUAGACCGAGAGAGGGUCGUGAGUAAGAUACGGACGAUGAGCGAGGGCAUCAUCGAGAGGAUGGAGCUUUGAGCUCCCUGCAUCUUCUCCGUACGCCGUCCUUGCUAA